GUUCCUUCAUUGUAUUUUGGAGGUGGUUGUCCUGUAGGAAUGCCUGAGCCGGCGAAGUCUGCUCCUGCGCCUAAGAAAGGCUCCAAGAAGGCGGUGACCAAGACCCAGAAGAAAGGUGACAAGAAACGUCGUAAAAGUCGUAAGGAGAGUUAUUCUAUCUAUGUGUACAAGGUGUUGAAGCAGGUGCAUCCUGACACGGGCAUCUCCUCCAAGGCCAUGGGCAUCAUGAAUUCCUUCGUUAACGAUAUUUUUGAGCGGAUUGCCGGCGAAGCCUCGCGCUUGGCGCACUACAACAAGCGCUCCACCAUCACUUCCCGGGAGAUCCAAACGGCUGUACGCCUCCUGUUGCCUGGUGAGCUGGCCAAACACGCAGUCUCCGAGGGUACUAAGGCAGUUACUAAGUACACCAGCUCCAAAUAAAGUGUCUUCUAUUUGCGAGGACUAGAUAACCCAAAGGCUCUUUUAAGAGCCACUCA